UGUAAAUGCUCUAGCUAACACAUUGUUUGUGUUCCUGUCAACGCUCCUGGAGUUUGGAGCAGACGAUACCUUCUGAUUGUCAAAACGUAUAUAAAUACAUAAAAUGUAUCAUUAAACUAAAAGCGAUCAUAUGUUUUAGACGAAAAUCUCUGAAACUAUUAUUUAUUAGGAAUCAUUUAUAAGCAGAUAUGUUAGAAAAUCUUGCUGCUAAAUUAUGUUUACUUUUGCCAGAAAAGGCACACUCAGCGGAACAAUGGAAAUUGUUAGGACAGGAAAAAGAUGGAUCACUGUUAGUUGGAUGGACAGAGGAAACUCUAGAGGAGAGUGUGAGCACAUUGUAUACUGUUAUAGGCCAUUAUGACCGGAUUAAUGAUAAAUUACAAGUGUUGCACCAAUUCUCAGAAGUAUUAAAUAUUGUACAAGCAACAAUAAAUCAAAGUAGAACUGUUUUUGGGUAUGUGAUAAAACAAAAAGUUAAUUUAGAUAAAAGUAUAGAAUCUGAAGAAGAAAAGGAUCAAAGUAUAUCAACUGAGAUCGAAAUGUAUGAAGCAUAUGUAGCAGAAUUAAAAGGAGAGGAAGUAAAAAUCCAUAAUUUAGAUGCAAAAAGGUCUAAGCAAGUGAGAAUUCAAUUCUUAUAUAAAGAAAAAGAACAUGGCAAAUGGGACAAAUUCUUGUUAUUAAUUCACCAAGAAUGUAUUCUAAUAUAUACCAUAUUGUUUGAUACAUCUACAUCAGAUUUUCAACCAAUACAGGAAUUAAAAUCUGAAUCACUGGUUAAAGAAUUUAUUUGGGCUCAAUGGGAUAUGAUAAAUCAGGUUUUGUAUCAUAUACAUCAUAGACGAAUUCCAGUGAGUUUAGAUUCAGAGGAUGAGGAUGGGAAAGAAAAUAAAUCUGUGAGAACCAAUCCAACGCUUAGCGGUCUUCAAUUUCAUGCCGAUCUGCCACAUGAAACAGUGCUGAAUAUACCACUGAAUUUGCCACAGUUAUCAACUUCUUCUAAUUGUGGAACUUACGAAGAUGAUGUGAUACCUUUAAGGGUGCAUGACUGCUCCUUAGAUCUCAUAGUCAUUUCUGAUUCCAAAGGAAUGGUCUGUGUCUGCCAUCACUAUUUAUAUCGUCCAGUAAAGCCACAACAGCAUGUACUUAACUCAUUGAGUGAAUCUAAUACAGUACAUUUUGCAUAUUCGGUAACGCUUCUUCAUCAUAGUUGUGUAAUCCAUUGUGUGAUACCAGGCAUACCGUGGUCUCAGGCUAAACUCAUACGUCCAACGUUUGCAAUAUAUGAACAUGAUUAUAUUAUUGUUCUUGUGCAAGGUUUAUUUACCCAUCUUCUUGAAAUUGGAACGAAUCAUGAACCAUGUUGCCAUAUACUGUGUGGUCCUCUAACUACUCUGCCAUCUCAUGCUUCUUAUUUAGUGCCACUACUUGAAUUAGAAAAUAAUAAUAAAGGAAGCAAAAAGAAAUAUGACAUAGCCGCUUUAGAAGGAAAUACAUCUCUUUCUAAUGUCAAUAUACUAACAAUAGACUUACCUACGCUGGAUUUAGUACAAUUAACAAUCUCUCCCGAUUUUCUUACUGAAGUAUUUCGUAAAGAAACUUCGGUCGAAGUACGCUUGGGAAUAUUGCAUUACUUUCUUUGUCAUAAAAACGAUUUAGAUAUUAUUUCGGAAUUAGUAUGCACAAUUGCAGAGAAACCUAGAUCCUUGGAAAUUGUACGAUAUAUGCAAGAAAUUCUUAUCGGUGGUUCAUAUGCUUUAGUGCAAAAAAAUUUAUUAGCAGAUGCUAUACCUCUACUGGCAUUGCUACCUGUUACAACUAUGGAAGAAUACACAAGUUUUGAAAUUAAAGUGAACGAUUUAAAUAUAACAUUGAGUCAUGAGAAACUUUGGAAUACAUCAGUAAUGUUGCUUUCGCCUCAGCAAAGAUUAAUUCCUUACCGUAGCGAUUUGUGGACCAAAUUAUGGGAUCAACUCAGUAAAAAUAAUGGAGACAAGGCAAGAUUCAAACCAAGCAAAAUUGCUGAAAAAUUGUUAGUUUCUUUAGCAUGUUAUCAACCUGAGGCACUAUCCAGAUCCAGUACUCCAAUGUCUCCAAGUGGAGGAUUAGUUGUAGCUACAGUAUCACUUGGAGAUUUAACAAGUGGUCGCAACAGUAAAUUGCUAGAUUCAGGUUUACCGUUUAAUGAAAUGGAAAGCUGUACUGCCUCAAAACAAGAACAUAUUGUAUCCGUAAAUUUGCGAGAAUUAUCCAUGUACUUAUUAAAACAUGGUACACAGACAUCAAUAACACAUAUUCAAGGAUCGUGUACUCCGUUACAUGUCCAUGCUAUGGCAACUAGACAUGUAGCAGCGCAAUUAGAAACUUCACGAGUCCUCUGUCAAAUGUUAUGCCGAGCUGCCAGCGUGGACCCACGAAUUGAACAAGAACGUGGUUUUAUUCUCGUUGAUCAAUUGGAUGAAGUACGACGGUGGUUAUUGUUUGUAUUAUUAGAACGGUAUAGACGUGCAAUAGAAAGCAUAGCAUUUCCAGCACCGCAAGGAUUUACAUCAUUCUUUACUUAUCUUGGAUACAGAAGUUUAAAAUAUCCAAUGUUUUUGCAAUAUGUACAACGAUCAGUAUUUGAGUUACAAGUUGAUGUCAGUAAAAUUAUUAUGGCUGAUAUCGGUGAUACAAAAGAAAACGUUAUUCGUAAACUAACUUUACUGUCUUUAUUACCAAGAUCGCGAGCUAAAAGGCUUCUGAAUCAAUGGUUGCAUCCUGUAAGUUUUAUGUUGAGAGCUCGUGAACACGCUGCUAAUAUUUUGUCUGGUGAAGUGUGUCAAAAUCGCGGCAGGACAUUGCAGUACAAAAAUCAUCACAAUGGUUUAGCUGCAUUUCCAUCUGCAGAUCGUUUAUCCCCAUUAGAUACAUUCCUUGAUCUUCUUACAGCAAAAGCUAGUUUAACCGAGUUAGAUUUUGGUCUACUUAUAGAAGCUACAGUAACAUCUACAGAAGACUUCUUGUAAGUAAAUAUAUUUUAAUUAGUUAUUAAUUGAAAUGGAUUACUAUUACAGGCAUUCUUAGAUGUAUUUAUAAUCAAAACAAUAGUGCAAAUAAUCUUUCAAAUAUACAAAGUGCCAUUAAUAUCUCUCAAGUAUUUACUAUUUAUAAAUGUAGCUUUAAUCGCAUUUUAUAAAUUUUUAUGUAUUCCUUUUUUUAAAUUUCACAUGGUAAAUUUGACAUUGGAAUAGGGUAAAUAUAAUUUAUUUGACAACUUCUCUUUAGUCAAUGUUACUUGGAGACUGGUUAAUAUUAUAGACUGGACUAUCAAUAUUAUAGUUUAAUACAUGUUUCACAGCAACUAUAAUCUUCUUUUGUACGUAUUAAUUGACUAGUUCAGGUUUUUUAUUACAUUGUUAUAAUUUUAUAUUCAUAUUGUUAACCAAUUAAUAAUCAAAAGAUUAUGUGAUGUUAUGUACUUAUAUUAAUUUUGAUAAGUUUGUGUUAAAUGUAUGAAUAUUAUAUAACUUAAUUAAAUUUGAAGUUGUUACAGUGAUAAGUUAGAAAAAGAAUUAUUAUCUUUUUGUGUAAAUUAUACAAAUUUUUAUGUAUACAUGUUAAUUUGUUAACAAAGUUUUGGUCUCAUUAAUGAUUAUUGUUAGUGGUAUAAUAUUCAAUACUUUUAAUAUGUUUUACAUAAAUAUAAAUUGUAUUGUUAACGUGUAAACAUGC